ACAGUAGCAGAUAUAGUUACCACCCCCACCCCAAACUGCAGCACAAAUACACGUACAUGUAUAUCCUCUUCACUUCAUUUAGACUGUCGCUUCGAGUGGAUAUACCGGGAAUGGGAUCUUCAGCCAGAGCUAAGAAAAACUUUAAAUUUUUCCGCGUUUAUGCCCUUCAAAGACUGCUCUUUAUCAUGCGGGAAUAAUUGCAAACCAAACAAGAACUAUUUUACUCAAAUGUGAAGAAUUAUAGUAGCUAUAGUUGCGACUGUAAUAAGUUCCUGGAAAGAAAUACGAAUGGGAUAAGCAAGUUUACAUAAAACAAUUCGGAACAUUUCCCUAAAUUGAUUUGGCAGAUCUAAUAUUUUUAUAUAAUAUUUUCAGUUUAAUAAUUUAAAAUUUGUUAAAAAAUAACCUUGUCUAAAUCUUGUUAAAUUGUUUUGUUAAUUCGGAUACAUAGCCUAUAUCAAAAGAGAGGUAAAUCGAGCUCUUGUUAUACAUUAAUUAUAUUGGUCACGGUGUGUAAUGUUUUAGGAGUUGAAUCGUUUUUUAAGGGGUUGCGCGUGUGUAUGGAGAUUGGCGCAGGCACCUGUGCGCAUUCAUUGCAGUCAUGGCGAAGUGGUUUAAAGAUUUCCCAACUAGUCUAAAGACCGGAUCCGAUCGGAUCCGUUCUGCUUCUGAAUCUGGAACCCAGUCCCGUCCAAAACCGGUUCUGACAGUCGCCACUGGUUCGAAGGGGAGUUUGCGUAAAAAUUCAGCAGCGGACAACGUUGUUGGUGGUGGUGUGGGCUCGCUGCUCCAUGGAAGAAAUCGCAAAAAUUCGGCCAUUGAGCUUGGACGGAACCAAUCAAGUACUGGUUCAACGAAAGACGGGAAGAUAUGGGAAAUCCUGAUCCCUGGAAAAAGUAAGAAGAAUACCAAAAUGGAGGGGUUUGAAGACCACCGCACACUGCGCACAACCAGUCUUGCUGAUGCGUACAUGAGCCGGAUGAUCAAGGUUAAUGAUCCAAAAUCUAGUACAGGAGGAUCAUCUCCAGACAGCGAGAGAGCAAAGUCACCUAUCAAAACAGAAACGAUGAUAAUCUUGGAGGAUUAUGCAGACCCAUUUGAUGCAGAGAAAACAAGAGAACAGAGGGAAGCUGAAAGAGAAGGAGAGAAUGAUGGAUACAUGGAACCUUACGAUGCCCAGCUCAUUAUUACAGAGAUUCGCAGACGGGGCUCGAAAGACUUGCUGAAAGUGUGUGUGGUGUUAAACGGAGGCGAGAGCGAGGGGUCUGGACCCCCACAGAUCUAUGAUGUCCCGUAUGAAGAAGUUCUUGAGGGAAUUCCCUUGACCCGACCCGAGUCCGAUUCUAGACCACCUGCAGAGUAUGAACUACCAUGGGAGUGGAAGAAAGAGCAGAUUGCUAGAGCACUGUCAGCUCAGUUUGAUGGAAUGGACCGUAUGUCUAAGGAAGAGUCUGGUUCUCCUGUUAAACAGCAAACCCUGAGACACAAAAGUUGGACCCCAAAAUCUCUUCGCCAGAAUCCCCCCUCCCCGACAUCCCUAUCAUCGCCCAGUAGCACCCCAGACAAUGAGACACCAAUAGUUGACCCCAAUUUGCCCCUGGAAAAACAAAGUUGGUAUCACGGCAGCGUGAGUCGUCAGGAGGCGGAAGCUCACCUUCAGCACUGUAAGGAGGCCAGCUUCCUUGUGCGAGACAGCGAAUCAGCUACCAGCAAAUACUCCAUCGCCCUUAAGACGAGUCAAGGAUGUGUUCACAUCAUCGUAGCACAAACUAAAGAGUGUGGCUACACGCUGGAAAAAAGCAGCUGUGUGUUCCCAAGCAUUCCAGAAGUUGUACACCACUACUGCACCCAGCGUUUACCCUUUACUGGGGCAGAACACAUGACCCUGCUGCACCCUGUACCACGCACACACUGAACACCAGUCUCUGGUGCAAAGAAAUGAAUGUACAAUACUGUGGUGCCUGCCAGUGCUAGCAAAUCACAUGCCAGCAAGCCAAAGCGUAAAACUCUUUUACUUACAGUGUGUAUGCAUAUUGAAAUAAGUAAUUUAAUAAGUGGAACAUUCCUUAUUUGAGUUUUAUCGAAGCCAAAGAUUUACUCGACACCAGGAAAAUAAAAAAAAUAUUAUUUACAAAUGCCAAACAACAAAACAUAAUUUACCUACCUUGUUACUGUUGUUGAUUUUUUUUAUCUAUUUUGUCUUUUCUUGUUCAGAGCCUAUGAAUGUGCUCUUAGUCAUGGUCAUCUUUAUUAUUGUAGGCAUACAUCUCUCCCUGUCUCCCUCUUCUGGCAGCAGUGCCAAAAUGCAACCAUUCCUGUAACUGAAGAUGUUAAGGGACAUGGUUUUGACUGCCUCCAGCAAUGACUGUGCAUUCGUGAGCAGAAUCUUUAUUAUAAAGCUCCUGUGUUGAUAUUUUUAAGUUGCGUAGUAUAGAAUAAUUAUAGUUUAAUUCUCAUAUUGUAGGACGAUCCCCAAGAGAAAAUGUUCCUGAAUAGCUGAGGUUAGAUCGUUAGUCUGGAUCAAUACAGCAAAUCGAGCAAGCCUUGUUCAAGAGAUAAAUGAGUCAUUGCAGUUAAUUGUCUAAUGUCCAGGAUAAAACUUACAAUUGAUUGGUUUAAGGUUGAAAAUAAAAGAAUGUGGAAUGACUUUACUGACCAUGUAGGUAUGUUUGACUUCAAGACAGACCGUAUGUGAUACUGACUGAUAAAUAAAAUUGAAGAUACUCUUGGUGAUGGUGAUUUAAAUUUAUGUCAUUUUUAAGGGAAUAGGAUCUAUUGUAAUGUUGAAGGUCUGUUUAGUGCGACAUUGUUGUUACGCCACAUAAGAGAAAUGAGAGAAACGCCAUGUGUUCACAGAAGAUUUUGCCCUUGUACAAUGUAAAAAUGUGCAAAGCUUAAAAUAAAGCAGAUGAUUUUAAACAUGUCAAAUAA